AUGCGCCGCGUCCUCCGGCUGCUCCUCGGCUGCUUUCUCACCGAGCUGUGCGCCCGCGUGUGCCGGGCGCAGGAGCGAGCGGGGCACGGGCAGCUGGCGCAACUGGGCGGCGUGCUGGUGCUGGCGGGCAGCAACCGCUCCGGGGCCGCCUCCGGGGAGGCUGGCGAGGGCGCGGGGGUCUCGGACGCGCCUCCAACCCGGGCGCCCACACCGGACUUCUGCCGGGGCUACUUCGAUGUCAUGGGCCAGUGGGAUCCACCGUUCAACUGCAGCUCGGGCGACUUCAUCUUCUGCUGCGGGACUUGUGGCUUCCGGUUCUGCUGCACGUUUAAGAAGCGGCGACUGAACCAAAGCACCUGUACCAACUACGACACGCCGCUCUGGCUUAACACCGGCAAGCCCCCUGCGCGCAAGGACGACCCCCUGCACGACCCCACCAAGGACAAGACCAACCUGAUCGUCUACAUCAUCUGCGGGGUGGUGGCAGUCAUGGUGCUUGUGGGCAUCUUCACCAAGCUGGGGCUGGAGAAGGCGCACCGGCCCCAAAGGGAGCACAUGUCCAGGGCCCUUGCGGAUGUCAUGAGGCCACAGGGCCACUGCAACACUGACCACAUGGAAAGAGACCUUAAUAUCGUUGUCCACGUCCAGCAUUAUGAAAACAUGGAUACGAGGACCCCCAUAAAUAACCUUCGUAAGUAUAGCCGUGUCAUCGAUUUCCAGCCAUGCAUGAUGACCCAG